AUGGACUCCCUAGAUGAUGAUCUAGACGUGGCGGUGUUCCAAACGGCCCAGCCGAAACAGAAGCCACCAAUUUGCCCCCACAAAAUAGACCCCGUGGCGCUUGCUACAUACAUCUACCCAACCAACUUGCCUAGACGUGAUUACCAGUAUAACAUUGUGUACCGUGCAUUUUUCCAUAAUAUCGUCGUGGCGCUACCGACAGGCCUUGGAAAGACGUUUAUUGCCAGCACGGUGAUGCUCAAUUUCCUACGGUGGUUUCCUGAGCUGAAGGUGAUCUUUAUGGCGCCUACGAAGCCGUUGGUGGCCCAGCAGAUCAAGGCGUGCUGUGGCAUCACGGGCAUUCCGCCUGAGAAGGUGGCAAUUUUGCUAGAUAAGACCAGGCGGAACCGGGCGGCCGUGUGGGACGAGAAACAGGUGUUUUUCACUACGCCUCAGGUCGUGGAGAACGAUCUAUGUACGGGGCUAGUGGAUCCGAAGCUGGUGGUGCUUUUGGUGAUUGACGAGGCGCAUCGGGCCAAGGGGAACUAUGCGUAUAAUAACGUGGUGAAGUUUUUGGAUCGGUUUAACCCAGCGUACCGUGUUUUGGCCUUGACGGCUACGCCGGCUUCAGAUGUGGAUGGAGUGCAAGAGAUUGUGACGAACUUGCUGGUGUCGAAGAUCGAGGUGAGGACAGAACGCAGUAUUGAUAUUUUCAAGUACUUGAAACGGAAGGUGGUUGAUAGGGUGACUGUGGGACAGAGUGAUGAGAUCAAACAAGCGGUGGAUUGGAUUUGCGACGCUGUGAAACCUGUUUUGGAAACAGCCAACCAGCGAAACAUCUAUGACGUUAAAGAUCCAGCGUAUAUUAAUGCUUUUACGGCACUUACGAGCCAGAAGAAGCUUGUGAUGAACCGUCUGAUUCCUGAAGGCCUCAAAUGGUCCAACUACUUUAUUCUUCAGCUCUUGGUGGUUGUGGGACAAGCACUACGAAGGCUUAAUAUCUAUGGAAUUCGCUCCUUCUAUAGCUACUUCCAUCUGAAGUAUACAGAGUUUUCUGCAAAGUAUAACUCCAAAAAGUCGAAAAACCAUAUGGCUGCAAAGUUCUACUUUCAUGAUUCAAUCAAGAAAUUGCUAGAUUUCUGUGAGAAGGCCAUUGGUGAUCCCAAGUUCCUCGGCCAUCCCAAACUCGAUGUGGUGAUUUCUGAGCUUCUGUCGUUCUUCCAGGGCACGGCUCAUAAGGAUUCUCGUGUGAUUAUCUUUACCGAGUUUCGAGAACUGGCCUUAGAUAUUGUACGUGCCAUUGAGCAGCAAGGGAGUGAAUUGAAACCGCACAUUUUCAUUGGCCAGGCUAAGGAGAAGGAGAAGUUCGACGAGGAGAAGUUUCUAUCCAAGGGAAAGAAAGGAAAGAGCAAGGAUUCAGAUGAUUCCCAGUCCUCGAAACUGUCGCAACCGCCCAGACUGGCAGGUCUGUCAAAGCAAGCACAAACGUCUUCUGAAGAAGCCCAAAUGCACGGAAUGAACCAGAAGGUGCAAAAAGAGCUCAUCAGGAAGUUCAAGGCCGGUGAAUAUAACGUUCUUGUAGCCACUUCUAUUGGCGAAGAAGGCUUGGACAUUGGAGAAGUCGAUUUGAUUAUAUGCUACGACUCUACAUCUUCGCCAAUCAAGAAUAUCCAGAGAAUGGGAAGAACCGGCAGAAACAGAGACGGUAAGGUUCUUCUUUUGUUCGCUGGCAACGAGGAACUGAAGUUUGAUAAAGCUAUGGGCGGGUACGAGUACAUCCAGCAGCAUAUCAUGAACGGCAACAUGAUCUCCUUGUGUGAACAGCGACGCAUUAUUCCACAAAAGUAUAAUCCAGUGGUUAACGAACAGUUUAUUGAGAUUCCAGACGAGAACGUGCAAAUCAAGAACGAGGACGACGAAGACGAAAUCAUCAAGAUCGCCAUGAAGUACAUGAAUGGAGGAAGAAAGAAGGCCAAAACUACCACCAAAGAAAAGCCCAAGAAGAUUGAGAAACGCUUUUUCAUGCCUGAUGAUGUUGAAACUGGAUUCCAAUCUGUCAGCGAUAUGCUUAAGAAUCCUGGCGGUCUGACGAAACGACAAAAAGUUGAAGAACCUUCUGAAGACGAAUUGAUUCCAGAUACCGUUUUGGCGCAAUCGGAUGAGUCCAGUUUCCAUAGGUUGACUUCGUCGCCUCCUCCACUUGUGAUUCAGUCACAGCCUCAUGUCCAGAAGCAACCAACGCUCGAUACUAUCCCAGGAAAGCCUCCAAAGCCACUGGGGACGAGUCUAGGCGUCAAAAAGAGACCAGCGUCAAACGUCAUCAACCAAUUGAAGGCUGCGCUGAAACCUGCUGAAGUUCCUCCAGAACCCAAACUUCCCACCCAAGAAACCACUCCUCCAGAACAAGAGGCCGGCGAUUCCGAUGGAGAUUUCGAUUUCGACGACGACGACGACGAAAUCCUCGCUCUUGCCGAACGAACCAGUUCCAUGAACCAGACAUACCAUAAACCUCCAGCCCAAGAAGAACUCUACCCAAACGAGUUCCCCAAUCAAGAAGGACUCUUAUCCAACGACCAAAAAAGCGAACUAUACAUGUCCUACUACACUCCCGUGGACUCCAUGGACCUCAAAAACGUAUAUGAUCCAGAAUUACUGGGUUCUUGUGGUCCCAUUCAGCAUAGCACAACCAGUCUUAACUUAUUGCAUUCCAAGGCCUUCAUGUCAGAAACGUCCAACGAGAAAGGCCAGACGCUCAUACAUAACUACCAAUCUGCAUCAACAUCAGCAAAAAACGAACUUCCCGAGUUUGUUGAUUUUGACUGA